UUUUUUUUUUUUUUUGACUAACAGCAAGUGAGUUGGAACACUCCAAGUGAAGUGAUGGUGGCCCAGGAAGCUCAUCAGAUACUCACUGCCCAGAGUUUGUCCAGGCUGACCAUGUAGGCAUCCCAUGCUUGGCUUAGACCCAAACCCUGGAGUCCCAAAAUGAAAGCAGGCGUUUUAUAGGAACCAGAUUAUAUAUAUGAUUUAGGUACAGUGAGCCACUCACAGUAGUUCAGGAAUAUCAGAGCACUUCAAGAACCCUAAGGUCUCAGAUGUCGUUCAGAGGCCAGGCUUGCCAGGCAAGCCACGCAGAGGGGGGCAGUCAAGCCUCCUCCUUUCUGCACAGUGGAAGAUUUUCCUCUUCCUCCUAUCUAUUUGUUCAGCCGUUUAUUUAUAUCAGUGCCUUAGUCAUUUUGUGCUGCUAUAAUUAAACAGAAAUGAAAGUUUAUUUGUUGACUCUGAGGGCUAGGAAGUUCAAGACCAGAGACUGCAUGUGGGGUUAUCCUUCUUGCUUGGUGGAGACACCCUGCAGAGUCCCAGAAGGUGCAGGGCAGAAUUCAGAAUCUUAGUUCAAGCUCCUCUGCCUUGAGCCAGUGCAAUCUUGUAGCAUUAGAACCCAUUCGCAUGGCCUUCUUUAAGCUUGCUUAACCUCUCAAAGAGUCUACCUCCAAAUUCCAAAUUAAGUUUCCACCAUCCUAAUACAUUACAUCAGGGAUUCAAUUUUAACACACGUUUGGGUGAGAUCAGUCAGCCCAUAGUAGUUUAUACUGAUUUAUAUACAGUUGUUUUAUACUUUGGGUAAUAUCCUAAAACUCUGUCUGAAGCUUUGGGUCUGGACAGCUCCUCAAGUCAGCCCCUCUCUCCUUUGCUGAGCCUCACUCACUCUCUUUGCUUGGCUUCCACACUCUCUUUCCUGCUACUGCAGGAUGGUCCAGGUUUUUCUUAUGCCCCAGCUCUGGAACCUAACCAUUUAUCCAAAGAGCGCCCUGCUUCUUCUGCUUGGUGUUGUGGUGCUUUAAGGCGUGGAAACAUCCAUUUGUAGAAAAGUUGGGCGAGACAGGUUAGGCGUGAGCACAUCCAGAACCCAUACGAGCUAGAGAUAUGGGUGGAUGCCAUUAACAUUUGGCUAUUUAAUGAGGGCUCAAAGCAAAACAGGAGGCUAUUGUCGCAGCAUUUUUUUCCCUGUUGCAUUUCGUGACUGGUAAUUAUGUAAUAGACCGGAGAGCAUCAUUCCUUUAAAGCCUUUCAACCUCUUUUCUAAGCUCCAGCGAAGAUGAGAGUGUUCUGAAGAGGGAGGGAUCUGUGGGAGAGAAGAGGCUCUAGGAGCGGAAGGCCAUGUGAUAUUUCCGGGGAGAAGAGCUCACAUUCUUUUCCCUCUUUUCCAUGAAUGCUAAUUUGGGUGUUUUAAGAGUUUUUGAGAUGUUGAUGAAGCUCUUCCUAUGGGGGCCGAUCCAAGGUCUUGUGUUCCUUUCCUGAAAUGAGUUCGGCAAUUGAGGAAUUCUCUCAAAACAUUGGAGAGUGUGAUAUUUUAAGUUAGCUCCAGCUUUCCAGAGUAUCAGGGCUCACUGUGUUCAGAUCCCUCCCUCCUAGACAGCAGUGUUCUCUAAGCCUUCCUGAUGGUUUUACUGGUGUUGUGUUGCAUGGAGGCUACCUUCUACUGAGAACUAAAGCAAAGCCUUUUGAAAGGGCAGUGAUUUAUGUGAAUUCAUUAAAAAGUAGAGGGAAACCUGCCUUCCAACACCCAGGAGGAGAACUACUGUGGUCAUCAGUUGUGCCUGGUGUUUAUUUACUACGGUAUCUAGCUUUGGUGGGAAGACAUCACCAAAGGGUGAUGGUUUUAAAAAUGCCCAUCUCUUUUUAAAAACAGUCUUGGAUACUUCCAUACAGUGUGUUUUGGUCAUUUCCCAUACCUCUCCCAGGCCUCUCCCAUCUUCCUCCCCACUGCCUCCCCACUCUGUGUCCCCUUUCUGUUUGUCCCCUUUUUAUUGUCAGUCCACAGAAUUCAAUUUGAGCUGCCCAUUUACUCGCUGGCAUGGGGCCACCUACCAGAGUGUGGUGAGCCUUAAGGAAAAAUGGCUCUUUUCCAGAAGUCAUCAACUGUCAACAGCUGCUCAGUUGGGGGUGAGGGCUUGUGAACCCCUCCCUGCUCAGUGCUGAAUGUUGACUGGCUUGUUCUUCAGUAGGUCUUUUAUAUUGAACCAGAGUUGUUGUAAAGCUCAUGAGUGAAGUGCCCCCUCCCAUCAUGCCCAGAAGAGAAUUUGGUUCUGAUCCUCUUUGACAACCAGUUCUUGCUGUCUUCCCACCCCAUCUUCCACAUUGGUCCCUUGAGCCUUGGGGGAGGGCUGUGAUAUAGAUGAGGGAAGAUGACUGGCACCUUUCUGAGAGCUGUACUAAUUAUAUGGGUAUAAAGAUAAGAAAUUUAGAGGGUAGUUUGAUAAUAUGUCAACUUAAUAGUAGGUUUUUUUCCUGGAGUCUGUGAACUUCUUAACUGUGGGUUCUUGGCCAGCUCUGCAGUACCUGUAGAGCUUUUGUUUGCUUCUGUAGAGCAGGUCUUAAAUCCAGUUACAGAGUAGUUGUCUACUCCCUAACAUUUGCGCCACUAUGGCAUCUGUGGGCAUAUCUUGUCAUACCGGUCAUUAUUAAAGUUGAUGAGAUACAAGCUGGGUAAGCUGUUGAUGCCCUGAGUUCGACCUCUCUGCUUUACCAAGGCCACAUCAUCUAGAGUUUCUGUAGCUGUCUUCAUGGCAAUGAUAGGAAAAUAUACAUGGUUGUGUAUAAGUCGGAGGAUUCUGAAUUUAUAAAGUAUGAAAUAAAAUCUGGGUUUUCUGGUAAUCUAAGUAACUUACAGUGGGCUUAGACUAUGUCUUGGCUGAUGUAAUUAAUUAGCCAUGUAACAAGAGAGUACGCCCUUGAAGGACAGUGACAGUACCAUUGUUUGUGUAAUUUAAAAAAAGAGUUAGUCAUGGAGGGAUUGAGCAUUGGAGCACAGUGGGACUCUUCUGUGGCCUUCUAAAAGGAUUGCUGGGUGUGUAUGUGUUCUUCUCCCCACCCCUCCCACCCCCAGCUAAUAAUUUGGUGGUUUGUAUGAUAAAAGCAUCAGAAGAUAUAGAUGUCACAGUCAAAACACUAUCAAGUUGCUUUUAAAUCUUGGAUGAGCUCAGCCCAACAGGGGUAGCGAGAACAUCUAGAUGUUAUACACCAACUUGUCAGCUGACAUGUUUCUGUUCUGAGCCUUGAUACUUAAUGGUGUCUUUUGUUUGGGUUUAGGUCACCCUUUCCCACGGAAUCUAAUGUUAGCAGGUCUAUUGAAGUUACUUUGGGAAACACUAUAAUUAAAAACAAAAUGUAAACCUACUUAUGUAAAGCACGUAGUCUUUUGCAGUGUGGAUGUUCAUUGUUAGUGUCCAUGAGUGGAAUAUGGUAGCCUUUGGGACUAUGGGAUGUCAUUUGUUCUCCUAACACUUGGAGGCCUUGGCUCUGCUUUGAGGAGAAACCCUGCUCUCAGCUGUGCUUUUGUUUGUUUGUUUUCUUUUUUUAAAGAUGGAAGCAAGUGACAGUGCUGUAGACUUGGGUUUGGUGUUGGUCAGCCUUAGCAUCUCAGCAUGGAAUUAGGGUUCAGAGUUGGCAUGGCAUGUGUAGUUGGUCAGUCCAGUGUCCUGGCAUGGGGCUGGGUUCCAUGUUGGUCAGCCUUUGCACCCUUAGUUUGAAUGCUCUUAUUAGGUCUGUUUAAGAAUUGGAAUGGUCCAGACUUGUAUCAGAUUUCUUGAACUAUUCUAAAAACAAGAUACAAAACCAAAAGAAAACAAAACAAGCACACCCCCCCCCCCCCGCAGCUGUAGACAUCUGCCUGCCCUCUGUGUUAUUCCCACUCAAUAUCUUAAUGUAUGCGGUCAUCCUCUUGUACAUAGUGGAUGGUGUUCAUGCAUGGAGAGAUGUUAUUUUAGCUUCAAAUACAGUGCCUAGCAAUUUGACUGAGUGAAUUUAUUCAGCCAUGACUUUGAUAAUUGCACGUAUUCCAUGCGGUACUUAAAGAAUGCAAUAACGCAGAUGGCUCACUACAAAUGUAUUUCUACAUAUGGGGAGGGACCCCUGAACACACGUCUACUGACCUCCAAAGAUGCAUGCAGUCAGCCAAUUGAGGCGAAAACGUUUUUCUUAGGAUAUUGACAUAAAAUAAUAUUUGUUUUUGGUUGUGCAAUGCCUCUGUCGUGUUUGGAAGUUCAGCAUUUUACAGUGUGUUUUCAUCUUAAGACCUCUUCCAUGGAGAGAAGUUGUCCAGGUGUGCUUAUUGACCAGUGGAUAUUUUGGCUGCUCACUGACAUCUUGACUGUCAGGCUUUCAUGGGAAUUAGAUAUGCCAUAUUAGAGUAGAAAAAGCCAUCUUAAAACAACUCUCUCAACUGAUGGUUAUCUCUGUAGAGUAAGUGGCACACAUCAGGGAACAACUUUGUCCUGAGCUGAGUAGUUUCAGAGGCCAGUGGAGGUUCAGCCAGUGUUGAUGACAUCAUCCAUCUCUCAUUCCAUUAGGCAGCGGCGGGGUAAGCGGGCCUGUGGACUCUGCCUCAUCAUCAGCGUGCUGUGCAAACCACAGCCGGGUGUGGAGCAGGGUGGAGGGAAUGUACAGCUCAAAUCCCCUAGGAAACUGCUACUGACUUUUCCCCUGCUUUGAAGAAGACACCAGCUAUUAAAGGAAGACAUUGAAAGAUCACAUGCUAGAUUCUAAUUCCCUUUUUAAAAAAACAAACAAACAAACUAUGUUCCUAAGGCCCUUUGCCCGUGAGGAAAGUUGGCAUGGAAGGACAAGAGAGCAGCAGCCCGUAUCUGUAUCCUGGCAGCCCAGAGGAGACGAAUGCUCCUCACCCUGGCAGCCUGAAUGCAAACUGGGCAGGUCUUGUUGGCCACAUGCAGGUCCGCAUAGAGAAAGGUGAGGGUGUCCUUCAGGACACUCAUAAUAAACUUGUGAGCUUUAAUUCUGCUGGGCACCUCAUCUGCAUUGAGCAGCGCUUCCACUACAGCCGUGCGUCACCGCGAGACUGCACGGUAAUGAAGCCAAGGCACUGUGGGCCAGAACGCUGCCGCCUGCGAGAGGCAAGGGGACAAGGGCUGGGAGCCAGAGCCACAGAAUUGCUGCUGCUGCUGCUGUUGCUGCUGCUGCGGCCCCCAUCGCUGCCACUGCUCCUGCAGCCAGCCAAGACACAAUGUUGAGUCUACAGGAUUCUGUGUUUUUUGAAAUUAGCAUAAAGUCCUUGUUAAAGUCUUGGAGCAGCAACUCUUCAGCACCAGUCAGCAAAGUGAAUAAGUUCUGUGCUGCCGCCGCUUCCACCUUCCACUCCACUCCGGGAAGAAAGAGCGCCAUCAUGUCAAGCAUCACGAUUGACCCGGAUGUCAAGCCCGGUGAAUAUGUCAUCAAGAGUCUCUUUGCAGAAUUUGCUGUUCAAGCUGAAAAGAAAAUUGAAGUUGUAAUGGCUGAACCCUUGGAAAAGCUGUUAUCCAGAUCUCUUCAGAGGGGUGAAGAUCUGCAGUUUGACCAGUUGGUAAGCUCUAUGAGCUCCGUAGCCGAGCACUGUCUCCCCUCCUUACUCCGAACCCUGUUUGACUGGUACCGACGCCAGAACGGAACCGACGAUGAAUCCUACGGGUACAGGCCUAGGUCGAGCACAAAGUCUAAGGGAGAUGAGCAGCACCGCGAGAGAGAUUACCUCCUGGAGCGGCGGGAUUUAGCCGUAGACUUCAUUUUCUGUUUAGUUUUGGUAGAAGUUCUAAAGCAGAUUCCUGUUCAUCCUGUGCCCGACCCCUUAGUCCAUGAGGUUCUAAACCUAGCUUUUAAGCACUUUAAACACAAGGAAGGAUAUUCAGGGACCAACACGGGGAACGUGCAUAUCAUUGCGGAUUUAUAUGCAGAGGUGAUUGGCGUGCUUGCCCAGUCAAAGUUCCAGGCUGUGAGGAAGAAGUUCGUGACUGAGCUGAAAGAGCUGCGGCAGAAGGAGCAGAGCCCACACGUGGUCCAGAGCGUCAUCAGCUUGAUCAUGGGGAUGAAGUUCUUCCGAGUGAAGAUGUAUCCCGUGGAAGAUUUCGAAGCAUCCUUUCAGUUCAUGCAGGAAUGCGCUCAGUAUUUCUUAGAAGUAAAAGAUAAGGACAUAAAGCACGCACUUGCUGGUUUAUUCGUGGAGAUCCUUAUCCCCGUAGCCGCUGCUGUUAAAAAUGAAGUCAAUGUCCCCUGUUUGAAAAAUUUUGUGGAGAUGCUGUAUCAGACUACAUUUGAACUUAGUUCCAGAAAGAAGCAUUCGCUGGCUUUGUACCCACUAAUUACCUGUCUUUUAUGUGUCAGUCAGAAACAGUUUUUUUUAAAUAACUGGCAUAUUUUCCUACAAAACUGUUUGUCACAUUUAAAGAUACCAUCUAACAACAGUAUCAGAAAACAAAUAGAAACCCUGCAGAAUAAAGACCCUAAAAUGUCUCGAGUUGCACUGGAGUCUUUGUAUAGGCUGUUGUGGGUUUAUGUAAUUAGGAUAAAGUGUGAGAGCAAUACUGUAACGCAAAGUCGCCUGAUGAGCAUAGUGUCUGCUCUUUUCCCAAAGGGCUCCCGCAGUGUGGUCCCCCGUGACACCCCUCUCAAUAUAUUUGUGAAGAUCAUCCAGUUCAUUGCUCAGGAACGUUUGGAUUUUGCAAUGAAAGAAAUAAUAUUUGAUCUUCUCAGUGUUGGAAAGUCUACAAAAACUUUCACCAUUAAUCCAGAGAGGAUGAACAUUGGCCUGCGAGUCUUCCUCGUCAUCGCGGACAGCCUGCAGCAGAAGGAUGGAGACCCUCCCAUGCCCACCACAGGAGUCAUUCUUCCCUCAGGAAACACUCUUCGUGUGAAGAAGAUUUUUCUCAAUAAAACCUUGACAGACGAAGAGGCCAAAGUCAUAGGAAUGUCCGUUUACUAUCCUCAAGUAAGAAAAGCAUUAGACAGCAUUCUCCGACAUUUGGACAAAGAGGUUGGGAGACCAAUGUGUAUGACCAGUGUGCAGAUGUCCAACAAAGAGCCUGAAGACAUGAUUACGGGGGAAAGAAAACCCAAAAUCGAUUUGUUUAGAACCUGCAUUGCUGCAAUUCCAAGGUUGAUUCCCGAUGGUAUGAGCAGAACGGACCUCAUUGAGCUGUUAGCAAGGCUCACAAUCCACAUGGAUGAAGAACUGCGGGCGCUGGCCUUCAACACCCUGCAGGCUCUGAUGCUUGAUUUCCCAGACUGGCGCGAGGAUGUGCUUUCAGGCUUUGUAUAUUUUAUCGUUCGUGAAGUGACUGAUGUCCACCCCACCCUUCUUGAUAACGCUGUAAAGAUGUUGGUACAAUUAAUAAAUCAAUGGAAACAGGCAGCUCAGAUGUACAACAGGACCCAGGACUCCCAGCACGGCAUUGCUAAUGGAGGCCCUCACCCCCCUCCUCUGGAAAGGAACCCAUAUUCCACUGUGUUCCAUGUGGUCGAAGGCUUUGCCCUGGUCAUCCUCUGUAGCAGUCGGCCUGCCACGAGAAGACUGGCAGUCAGCGUCCUUCGAGAGAUACGGGCUUUAUUUGCACUUUUGGAGGUACCUAAGGGUGAUGAUGAGUUAGCCAUAGAUGUGAUGGACAGACUGAGCCCAUCCAUUCUGGAGAGCUUCAUCCACCUCACGGGGGCCGAUCAGACUACUUUGCUGUAUUGCCCUAGCUCUGUAGAUCUGCAGACAUUAGCAGAUUGGAACUCUUCUCCCAUCAGCCACCAGUUUGAUGUGAUCAGCCCCUCACACAUUUGGAUAUUUGCACAUGUGACCCAAGGCCAAGACCCAUGGAUUAUAAGUCUCUCCAGUUUCCUAAAGCAAGAAAACCUUCCCAAACACUGCUCUACAGCCGUGAGCUAUGCGUGGAUGUUCGCAUACACCAGGCUGCAGCUCUUGUCCCCCCAGGUGGAUAUAAAUAGCCCCAUCAAUGCUAAGAAAGUAAAUGCCACCACGAGCAGCGACUCGUACAUUGGCCUGUGGAGAAACUACCUGGUCCUCUGCUGCAGCGCAGCCACCUCCCCGUCCCCAUCAGCACCCGCAGGCUCCGUGAGAUGCUCUCCUCCCGAGACGCUGGCGUCCACCCCUGACAGUGGCUACAGCAUCGAUUCCAAGAUCGUUGGCAUCCCGUCCCCUUCUUCCCUGUUUAAGCACAUAGUUCCAAUGAUGCGCUCUGAGAGCAUGGAGAUCACAGAGUCCCUCGUUCUAGGCCUCGGCAGGACCAACCCGGGAGUCUUUAGAGAAUUAAUAGAGGAGUUGCAUCCCAUCAUUAAAGAAGCACUUGAAAGAAGGCCAGAGAAUAUGAAACGGCGCAGGCGUCGAGACAUUUUACGAGUACAGCUGGUACGGAUAUUUGAGCUGUUGGCGGAUGCUGGUGUCAUUAGCCACAGUGCAAGCGGCGGCCUUGAUAGCGAAACUCACUUCCUCAACAACACUCUCUUGGAGUACGUGGACUUAACGCGACAACUUCUGGAAGCAGAAAACGAGAAGGACUCCGACACCCUGAAGGAUAUCCGAUGCCAUUUCAGUGCCUUAGUGGCGAAUAUCAUUCAGAAUGUUCCGGUGCACCAGAGGAGAAGCAUCUUUCCCCAGCAGAGCCUGCGUCACAGCCUGUUCAUGUUGUUCAGCCACUGGGCGGGCCCCUUUAGCAUCAUGUUCACGCCCCUGGACAGAUACAGUGACAGGAAUAUGCAGAUCAACAGACACCAGUACUGUGCGUUAAAGGCUAUGUCUGCUGUACUGUGUUGUGGCCCUGUUGCAGAUAAUGUGGGACUGUCAUCAGAUGGCUAUUUGUACAAAUGGCUGGAUAACAUUUUGGACUCUCUGGAUAAAAAGGUUCACCAGUUGGGCUGUGAAGCAGUCACGUUGCUGCUGGAGCUGAACCCUGAUCAGAGCAGCCUGAUGUACUGGGCCGUGGACCGAUGCUACACCGGCUCCCGGAGAGUAGCAGCCGGCUGCUUCAAAGCCAUUGCCAACGUGUUCCAGAACAGGGAUUACCAGUGUGACACAGUGAUGCUCCUAAACCUGAUACUGUUUAAAGCAGCUGACUCUUCUAGAAGUAUCUAUGAAGUUGCUAUGCAACUCUUGCAGAUCCUGGAGCCGAAGAUGUUUCGCUAUGCUCACAAACUGGAGGUUCAGAGAACGGAUGGAGUCCUCAGUCAGCUGUCCCCGCUGCCACAUCUCUAUUCUGUGUCUUAUUACCAGUUGUCUGAGGAGCUAGCCCGAGCAUAUCCAGAGCUCACUCUCGCCAUAUUCUCAGAGAUCAGCCAGCGGAUCCAGACGGCACACCCCGCGGGGCGGCAGGCCAUGCUUCAUUACCUACUGCCCUGGAUGAACAACAUCGAGCUGGUCGACCUCAAACCUCUGCCUUCAGGGAGGCGGCAGGAUGAAGAUGAAGAUGACUCCUUGAAAGACCGAGAGCUCAUGGUGACCAGCAGGCGCUGGCUGAGAGGAGAAGGCUGGGGCUCCCCACAGGCCACCGCCAUGGUGUUGAACAAUCUCAUGUACAUGACAGCGAAGUACGGCGAUGAGCUGGCCUGGUCGGAGGUGGAGAAUGUGUGGACCACCCUUGCAGACGGCUGGCCAAAGAACCUGAAAAUUAUUUUGCACUUUCUGAUCAGCAUCUGCGGAGUGAAUAGCGAACCAAGCCUCUUGCCUUACGUGAAGAAAGUCAUCGUCUACCUGGGUCGAGACAAAACCAUGCAGCUGCUGGAAGAGCUGGUGAGCGAGCUGCAGCUCACGGACCCCGUCAGUUCCGGCGUCACGCACAUGGAUAACCCGCCCUACUACCGCAUCACUUCCAGCUGUAAAAUCCCUUCCGUCACCUCAGGAACUACUUCCAGUAGCAAUACAAUGGUCGCUCCCACAGAUGGCAACCCUGACAGUAAGGCCCUAAAGGAGAACUUUGAAGAGAGCUAUGUGCACCUGGACAUCUACGGGGGACUGAACAGUCAUUUAAACCGGCAACACCACAGACUGGAGUCCCGAUACAGUAGCAGCUCCGGAGGGUCUUACGAAGAGGAGAAAAGUGACUCAAUGCCACUUUAUUCUAAUUGGCGCCUGAAAGUGAUGGAGCACAACCAAGGAGAGCCACUGCCCUUCCCGCCAGCUGGAGGCUGCUGGUCGCCACUGGUGGAUUACGUGCCUGAAACAGCAUCUCCUGGAUUGCCUCUACACAGGUGUAACAUAGCCGUGAUCCUGCUGACAGAUCUGAUCAUUGACCACAGCGUGAAGGUGGAAUGGGGAAGUUACCUCCACCUGCUGCUUCAUGCAAUUUUUAUAGGGUUUGAUCACUGCCACCCUGAGGUGUACGAGCACUGCAAGCGCCUGCUGCUGCACUUACUGAUAGUGAUGGGACCCAACAGUGACAUCCGGACUGUCGCCUCUGUCCUCCUCAGGGACAAGGAAUUCAAUGAGCCCAGGGUGUUGACAGUCAAGCAGACGGCACACUCAGAUUACACGUUCACAGCAGGCAUUAACGAUUUUACACCCGAUUACCAGCCGUCCCCUAUGACCGACUCAGGGCUUAGCUCCAGUUCUACCUCCUCUAGUAUCAGCUUAGGAAACAACAGCGCUGCCAUUUCACACCUCCACACCACCCUCCUCGGCGAGGUGGACCUCUCAGUGGAGCAGGAUGGAAAAGUCAAAACCCUCAUGGAGUUCAUUACCUCAAGAAAACGAGGGCCCCUUUGGAACCAUGAGGACGUUUCUUCCAAGAACCCUAGCAUCAAGAGUGCUGAUCAGCUCGCCACGUUCCUGAAGCACGUGGUUUCCGUCUUCAAGCAGUCAAAUGCAGAAGGAAUACACUUGGAGCGUCAUCUCAGCGAGGUGGCCCUGCAGACGGCCCUUUCGUGUUCUUCCCGACACUAUGCUGGGCGAUCCUUCCAGAUUUUCAGGGCACUGAAGCAGCCCCUGUCUGCAGACACACUCUCCGAUGUCCUCUCCCGGCUGGUGGAGACUGUAGGGGACCCCGGAGAGGAUGCACAGGGAUUUGUGAUUGAACUGCUUCUCACCUUGGAAUCUGCAAUUGAUACCUUGGCUGAAACCAUGAAGCACUAUGACCUGCUGUCUGCCCUCUCUCAAUCCUCAUACCACGAUCCUGUCAUGGGAAACAAGUAUGCAGCUAACAGGAAAAGCACUGGCCAGCUCAAUCUAAGCACAAGUCCCAUUAACAGCAGCGGCCAUUUGGGAUGCAACGGGGACACAAGAAGUAACUCUUUGAGGUUAAGUCUAGUUGGUGACCGCAGAGGUGACCGGCGGCGGAGUAACACACUGGACAUAACGGAUGGACGGAUAAACCACGGUGGUAGCUUGGCGAGGACUCGAAGCCUUUCCUCGCUGAGAGAGAAAGGUGUGUACGACACGCAGCCCCCGACGGAGCCGAGCAACCUGAUGGCCACCAUCUUUUGGAUAGCAACAUCUCUGUUAGAAUCCGACUAUGAAUAUGAAUACCUCCUGGCUCUCAGGCUUCUGAGCAAACUGCUCACCCACUUGCCUCUGGAUAAGUCAGAGAGCCGGGAGAAGAUCGAGAACGUACAGAGCAAGUUGAAAUGGAGUAACUUCCCCGGCCUUCAGCAGCUCUUCCUUAAGGGCUUUACCUCAGUGUCUACCCAAGAGAUGACCGUGCACCUCCUCAGUCAGCUCAUUUCCGUCUCCAAACACACACUGGUGGAUCCGUCCCAGGUGUCAGGCUUUCCUCUUAACAUCCUCUGCUUACUGCCUCACCUAAUCCAGCAUUUUGACAGCCCAACUCAGUUUUGCAAAGAGACAGCUAGCCGGAUAGCAAAGGUCUGUGCGGAAGAGAAGUGCCCGACGCUGGUGAACCUGGCUCACAUGAUGAGUUUGUACAGCACACAUACCUACUCCAGAGACUGUUCCAACUGGAUCAACGUGGUGUGCCGGUACCUGCACGACUCUUUCUCAGAGGCGACCUUCAGUCUUGUGACUUACCUGGCAGAGCUGUUAGAAAAGGGACUGUCCAGCAUGCAGCAGUCGUUGCUACAGAUCAUCUACAGUCUGUUGAGUCACAUCGACUUGUCUGCGGCCCCGGUCAAGCAGUUUAAUCUGGAGAUCAUAAAGAUCAUUGGCAAAUACGUACAGAGCCCGUACUGGAAGGAAGCCCUCAACAUCCUGAAGCUGGUGGUGUCUCGCUCUGCAAGUCUUGUCGUCCCCAAUGACAUCCCCAAGGCCUACGGAGUGGACGUAGGCUCUCCCGAAAUCUCCUUCGCUAAAAUUUUCAAUAACGUCUCGAAGGAGCUGCCCGGCAAGACCUUAGAUUUUCACUUUGACAUCUCUGAGACACCUAUCAUUGGGAACAAGUAUGGAGGCCAACACAGUGCCGCGGGAAGGAAUGGGAAGGCAAAGGUGAUCGCAGUCACCAGGAGCACGUCCUCCACCUCCUCUGGCUCCACAUCCAACGCCCUAGUUCCUGUCAGCUGGAAAAGGCCACAGUUAUCACAGCGGAGAACGAGAGAGAAGCUGAUGAGCGUGCUUUCCCUCUGUGGCCCCGAAUCUGGCCUCCCCAAGAAUCCCUCCGUUGUGUUUUCUUCAAAUGAGGAUUUGGAAGUCGGGGACCAACAGACCAGCUUGAUCUCCACCACCGAGGACAUAAUUCAAGAAGAAGAAGUUGCCGUCGAAGACAACAGCAGUGAGCAGCAGUUUGGCGUCUUCAAGGACUUCGACUUCUUGGAUGUUGAAUUGGAGGAUGCAGAGGAACUGCAGGGGGAGAGCAUGGACAAUUUCAACUGGGGAGUCCGCCGGCGCUCGCUGGACAGCAUUGACAAAGGAGACACACCAUCCCUCCAGGAGUACCCGUGUUCCAGCAGCACCCCCAGCCUGACCCUGACGAACCAGGAGGAUACCGACGAGUCCUCAGAGGAAGAAGCCGCCCUCACCGCAAGCCAGAUCCUGUCACGCACCCAGAUGCUGAACAGUGACUGUGUGACGGAGGACAUGAUGCCCGAGCACCAGGACCUGCUGCAGUCUCAGGAUUCUGCUAGCAGCAACACGACAGAAGACGUACUGCAGAUCAGAGACGAGACCCCCAGUUUGGAGGCCUGUCUAGAUAAUGCUAGCAGCCAGCUGCCUGAGGGUACAAGUUCAGUAUUAAAGGAGGAACACGUUACAGCCUUUGAAGACGAAGGGUCAUACGUUAUUCCAGACCAACAGGACCCGCUAGUAUGUCGAGGGAUUCUUGAUUUAGAGGAAACUGACAUGCCAGAGCCUCUGGCCCCUGAAAGCUACCCCGAGUCCAUCUGUGAAGAGGAUGUCACCUUGGCUUUGAAAGAGCUGGAUGAACGGUGUGAGGAGGAAGAGGCUGACUUCUCAGGGUUGUCCAGUCAAGAGGAAGAUGAACAAGACGGCUUUCCAGAAGUGCAAACCUCGCCUCUCCCGACCCCCUUUCUGUCUGCCAUAAUAGCAGCUUUCCAGCCAAUGGCUUACGAGGACGAGGAAGAAGCGUGGCGUUGCCAUGUCAAUCAGACGCUGUCGGACACAGACGGGUCCUGUGCGGUGUUUACUUUCCACGUGUUUUCAAGACUGUUUCAGACAAUUCAAAGGAAGUUUGGAGAGAUAACGAAGGAGGCUGUGGGCUUUCUUGGUGAGAGUCUACAGCGCAUUGGUACCAAGUUUAAAAGCUCAUUGGAAGUGAUGAUGGCCUGUUCUGAAUGCCCCACUGUCUUUGUGGAUGCCGAAACGCUGAUGGCGUGUGGCUUGCUGGAAACACUCAAGUUUGGCGUCUUGGAGCUGCAGGAACAUCUGGAUACUUACACCACCAAGAGAGAAGCAGCCGAGCAGUGGCUAGACAACUGCAAGAGGACAUUCGGUGCCAACGAAGACAUAUACAGGAUGAACACCAACGCGCAUCAAAUGGGAAUUCUAGCAGAGCUGGAGCUCUGCAGAAGGUUGUACCGGCUGCACUUUCAGCUGCUGCUUCUGUUCCAGGCCUACUGCAAACUCAUCAACCAAGUAAAUACCAUCAAGAAUGAAGCAGAGGUCAUCAACAUGUCAGAAGAACUUGCCCAGCUGGAAGGCAUCCUUAAGGAAGCUGAGGCCGCUUCGGAAAAUGAAGAAAUUGAUAUCUCCAAAGCGGCCCAGACCACGAUAGAAACUGCCAUUCACUCUCUGAUCGAAACCUUGAAGAACAAGGAAUUUGUAUCAGCUGUGGCACAAGUCAAAGCUUUCAGAACCCUCUGGCCCAAUGACAUCUUCGGCAGCUGUGAUGACGACCCUGUGCAGACUCUCUUACACAUCUAUUUCCAUCACCAGACACUAGGCCAGACAGGCAGCUUCGCGGUCAUCAGCUCAAACCUGGACAUGUCAGAAGCUAACUGCAAACUGAUGGAACUUAACCUGGAGAUCAGAGAGUCUCUCCGCACAGUGCAGUCAUAUCCGCUCCUAGCACAGACCAAACCAGUUGGAAAUAUGACGAGCACUGGAUUCUGAGCAACUUGCAACCCUCAAGAGGGAGUAAGCUGAAGAUGAUCAAGACUGCUAGCCAAGCACCUUUUAGGAACCCUUGUGCUUCAUUGAUAACUUUGGGGGCAGCACUUUUAACUGUAGUCUACUAACUUCAAAAACAAACAAACAAAACUGAAGAAAAAUAUCUAACUGCUUAACUGCUGCCGAGACCUCCACAGCAACUGUAUGAAGAAGGAAUUUUUUUUUAUUUUUAUUAACCUAUGUGAAUAAGAAUAAGGGCUAAAAGUGACACGUACAAACUACAUUACUCUGGAGAAAAGAAGAAAUUCCAAGGAUGUUUGCAAUAAUGGCCCCAAGAUGUUGCAGGGCAGGGUGAAGUGAGGCUGGGAUGGGACCAACUCCUUUUAGCUGAAGACCUGCGCCUGCAGAGCCACUUGGAUUUCCAGCCACCAUCAACACAGAGUUGACACUUAAUGAUCAACUUGACCACCCAGUCAGACAGAUAACACAGACUUUUUGCAAAAAACAAUUGGGUCUGGGGUUUUUGUUUUUUGCGACUGACGGGAUAAGGGUUUGGGGUGUUUGGGUUUUUGAUUGUUUUGUUUUUGCUUUUUGGUUUAUUUUGGUCUGUAUAAGGAAUUAUGUGUGUGUGAGUUGGAGUGUGUGUGUAUGUGUGUGACAGUCCUAUUUUCAAGGUGUGGAUGUCUGGUGACAGCUUCUCAGAGCAUGCCUAAAAGAGCACUGCAAGAUUAUUUUUGAAGAAAUUUUAUUUUAUUAGAUCUAACUCUUCAUAGUGUGUAAAUGUUAGAACACUUUAAUAAUAUUUUAAAACUGGGUUUUUCCCAGUGUCUCAAGAAAAAAAAAAGAAAUAAUAUAUCUGUUAACGUUAGUGGACUCUGCUGCUCAGCUCUCUGAUCAGUGCUUGUGUCGAUGUUGAUAACUAACCAAAGCAGAUGCCUGCAGAGACUUUAAAAUUGUAAAAUAAAGAUGGACGCUGCCCGCCGGCGCCUCUCAUUACACAAGUUAACUUAUUUCACUCGGUAACUACUAUAGACACCGCCUAGACUAAAACCUGUAUUUUCUUGUACGUUCGCGCCACACGCUGUUACAUCAGAGAACAUGUCCAAAGCUAAAGGAAAAGUUGUGGUCACUGAUGGAGUGUAUGUUCUGCGGGCCCUGAAGGGCUGCGGACUUCAAGAGAAGAGAUGCAAAUGAACUUGUGUGUUUACGCAGGACUCAAACUUGUUUCAGGCUAAAGGAACCUUGGGGAUAUGGGGGACACAGACAGGAAGCCUGAAGACCGACUCCCAGACCACACAAUGUCCUUCUCCACUGUCUAAGUCUGUAACAUAACAAACGGGAUCCUGUCUUCUUCUUUUCUAAUAGAAUUUUGUAAAGGAAAUGAAUGUAGCCUCCCAACGCCUCUGAUUUGAAAGGAACACCUUGUAUUUUUUUAUAUGCAUCUCUUCUCCACUGUGACUUUUGUUUGCAAACUGGGCUCCGAGGCUCCAGAGUUUGGAAUAGAAAUGAAUUGCUUAGCUUUGCCUUUCCCUGGGGGCAUGGCCCCCGACAGAAAUGUAAUUAUGCUCAAGUGCAUUAAUCAAGGCCACUGUGCACGCCGUCGGACUGCUGACGUAGUUAUGAUUCCUGUAAAACUCCAUAACUGGUCACAGCACGUUCAUAAUCACUGUACUUUUUUGACCCAGAUAAAAUUAUUUUAAUGGUGUUCUGGUACUGUAAAUGGUGUCCUUUAAAUUAUUAAUAACUCUUGGGCUGAGGGGGGCAGGCACAGGGAUGGUGUCCGGAGACACACCACACUUCCCAUCCCCCUCACAUCCUUUUUGUUAAAAAUAAAAAAGCACUGUAGCUGUU